CAGGCUCGCGCCCCUCUCUGCAAGACAGUGAAAAAAGAGAAAGGCGGGUUGUGACUCCCGUUUAACAUUUUCAGUCGGUCCGUCCGUUCUCGCUCCACCUCUCUCAGCGGCGGCUCUCUGUACGCCACUCUCUCAGGCGGAGUAGGAGCGUACAGCCCAAACCGAGCGAACCUCUCUCGGCUCUUCUUUUCUUUCUCUGUUUUAACCACCACACUGACUCCUCCGAUCAUGUCCGGCGAGGACGCGCCCAGCCAGCAGCAGAACGCCGACGAGCAGAAGCAGCAGCAGCAGCCGCAGGAGAACACGAAGCCCGCCGAGUCGCCCAAGACGGAGAACAAACCGGAGCCUCCGCCCGCCGAGGCUGCCGCCGCCGCCGCCGCCACCGCCACCGCCGCAGCAGCCCCGGCGGAGAAACCCGCCGAGGAGGAUGCGUUCAGCUACCGCGCCCUGGUGCUCACUGGCUACGGCGGCUACGACAAGGUGAAGCUGCAGGUGAAGAAAGGGAAGCCCGCGCUCAAGGCUGGUGAAGUGAUGGUGCGCGUGCGGGCGUGCGGGCUCAACUUCGCCGACCUCAUGGCCAGACAGGGGCUCUACGACCGGCUCCCGUCACCGCCCGUCACACCGGGCAUGGAGUGCUCAGGCAUCAUCGAGGCGGUGGGCGAGGAGGUGACGGACAGAAAAGUGGGUGACAAGGUGAUGGUUUUGAACCGCAGUGGGCUGUGGCAGGAAGUAGUUGUGGUGGCAGCCACACACACUUUCCUCAUGCCGGAAGGGAUGAGCUUUGAGGAGGCGGCGGCUCUGCCGGUCAACUAUAUCACCGCCUACAUGAUGCUGUUCGACUUCGGACACCUGCGCCCGAACCAGAGCGUCCUCAUCCACAUGGCAGCAGGAGGGGUAGGCAUAGCUGCCACUCAGCUGUGUAAGACUGUGAAAGACGUCACUGUGUUUGGCACUGCCUCCGCAGCGAAGCAUGAGGUCAUCAGCGAGGGCGGAGUCACCCACCCCAUCGACUACCGCACACGGGAUUAUGUGGAGGAGGUCCGCAAAAUCAGCCCCAAAGGCUUGGACAUAGUUCUGGAUCCCCUGGGUGGGUCUGACACCCACAAGGGCUACAACCUGUUGAAGCCGAUGGGAAAACUCAUCAGCUACGGUGCGGCCAACAUGCUGUCAGGCCAGAAGAAGAACCUGUUUGCGGUGGCAAAGACCUGGUACCAACAGUUCUCUGUGCACACUCUCAGUCUGAUCCAGGGCAACCGUUCAGUGUGUGGCUUCCACCUGGGCUACCUGGACACGGAGACUGAGCUUCUCACAAUGGCCAUGAAUGCAGUGCUGGAUCUGUACCACCAGGGCAAAGUUAAACCCCGCAUUGACUCCACCUACCACCUGGAGCAGGUUGGUGAUGCCAUGCGUAGGAUGCAGGAGAGGAACAAUAUCGGCAAAGUCAUCCUCAUCACUGAACCCAUGAAGGAGGAGCCCAAGAAGGAGGAAGCCAAGAAAGAUGAGAAAGAGAAGAAGGAGGAUAAAAAGAAGGAGGACAAGAAGAAAGAAGACAAGAAGAAGGAAGAGGCCAAGAAGGAGGAGAAGAAAGAGGAGAAGAAGAAAGAGGAGGCCAAGAAGGAGGACAAGAAAGCGGAAGAAAAAAAAGAGGAGGCCAAGAAGGAGGAGAAUUGAGAAAGGAAGGCGGUUAGGCAGAAAAUUGGUGGCUGUGAAUCGUGUUUGUGUAGGGAGUAGGGGAUAAUUUGAGUCUGUGUGUUGAGUGUACGAGUGAGUGUGUGCGUGCGUGUGUUUGUGCGUGUAUGAGCAUGUUUGUGUUAUGGGGUGGUGGGGAUUACAGUGUAGUCCAGCUCUCAGCUCAACCCCAGGCGAUUACUCUGGCCUUAGAUCAACAUCUUGCACCGAAAUCUGCAGUCACUUAACCAGCCUUACAUAGUAUCCUCAGCACUCGAAUGCUGCUUAACACUCACCACAACACACACAUUCACACAUAACAUCACAUAACAGGGACGUACCACUCCACUAUUCCACUGUAUAUCUGUUAUAUAUUGUACUUUUCUCGUAGUGUUCAUGCUACAGGUGCAGUAGCGUUGAGCUCUGUGCUUUUUACUAAUCUGUGACUGCAUGCCUUCAAGGUGUGCUCCAUCAGUAUUAUACUUCCACAUAUACCCCUAAACGUUAACCCAAUCAGAUCACGCCACACCCAGCACCCCAAUAAUUUGUCACACUACUACUAUAAUAAUUCUAGCAUUACUUCUGUGCCAAUAAUGCACCAUAUUGCUGUUUUGUGCCAUUGAAUUAUUCUUUAUCUAUGUAGACACAAGCAGAUGUUUUUCUUCUAAGUGCUACUUAUACCCGGUCAAGCAUUUGUUUGAGAAUUGCUAAGGAUAUGGGUAAAGGCCUGGGUUCAGCGGGAGUGCUGUUGCCAUGACUACAGUGUUCCCAGAUCUGCCCCACCCUCUGUCCUAUCCCCCUAUCUGACCUGGAAUGUUCCAUUCUAAUCUGUCUCUACCUGUCUUCUACUUACUGAUUCUCUUCUUUUCUCAUUGGACCAGACUCACUGACUGACAGAUCAAUCACUGAGCCCCACCCACAUAGUUUACUGUGACAAUAAAGGAUGAGUCACUGUUUCUGAUUGACUUAGAGAUACAUCUUGUGUAGAUGCAGGCACACUUACUGUAGCCUAUUCAGCAAAGUCUUUGCAGACUAGGACAUCAUAAUUUGUGACAUAAGAUGCUCAAUAAGUCUUUGUCUGCCUCAGAAAUCUUUGCUUUUCAAGAAAAAAAGAAAAGGAAUAACAUUCCAUGUUACUUUGUCCUGUUUACUCCACUAUGCAGUUGUGGACCAGCAAACAGAUGCAGAGACUGUUAGAAAAUAGUAGAAGCAUUUAAAAAAUGGAAGCAAAAAAAAUAAGAACUUUAUCAUGGUUUGGAGGAGAGCUAUGGGUCUGAUGGGCUCUACACCUAGAAAUCACGACACUGCUUUGUGCACUGUGGCACCCGUACAUACACUGAUAAAUCCACAGCUUCCACUGUGUAACGACUGAAUCAUUUUUCUCUGUCGUUAAGCAUAGCAGCCUGCCAGGACUAAUGAACCCAGCUGCCAAGCAGAAGCAAUUACAGCAAACAUCUCCCUCCACACAUUCUCAGGUUAUUGUAUUAGAAGUAGGACAGCUGAAAUAGUCGGCGUCUGAGAUAAGGAUGUGAAUGCACUUUCGUUCCAGAGGCCUCCUCCAGGAUUCCACAUCAUUUGCUCAGCCUUCCGCUCUGGUCCUUAUGACUGCUUGCUAUCUUGCGGCACGUUUUCCACAUAAACACUAUUUCUUAGUCUGUCAUUUGCUCUCUGGCUCUGUUUUACCAUCACUGGUUGGCAUAGCAACAGGUGUUUGGCCAGAAAGAGAUGAGUCAGAUCCCCUACUAUACAUACAUACAUACAUACAUACAUACAUACAUACAUACAUACAUACAUACAUACAUACAUACAUACACACAUCCAUGCAUACAUACCAUACAUGCACCAUACAUACACACACACACACGUUCAUCGGUUUUCUCUGCUUUGUGUAUGCAAUUUUCAGAUCUGUCUCUUGCUCCUGUUGACAUUUUUGCAUUAUUUCCAUUAGUGUGGUUGCUGUUUCAUUCAGACUGCUGUGUCAGAAGGGCGUAACCCCUCACCCUCCCUGCUCUAAAACCUGUCAGUCAAACCCACUGACUCCUCCCUCAGCCCAUUUCACUGUGGUAGUGCUCUGCUGCCUCUAGCGGUGAUAUAGACGCACUGCAGUGAUUAAGAAUUCUCCCGUAUUUGAGACGCUUCCCAGCUUUCGCUCAGUGAGUCUGGUUUUUGUCUGAUGUGAAUGAAUCGUCCAGUUGGCUGUUUGAGAGAAUCAGACCAUGUGCUUGUUGUGUUUGAGGGGAUGUGCGUGUCUGUCCUCAGGUCAGUUGUCAGAUUUAGAUACAAAAAAGUGUGUUUUUCUGUCUCUACCUCCCUUAUGCUAUGAGCUAGCAUAUCCGGUCCCCUUUCUUUUUGUCCACAAUUAUAUCUCUAUUAUAACUCUCUUUAAGCAUUCUCUCCUCCCUCUCCCUCCCUUUCUCUCUCUUUCUGUCUCUCUCUCUCUCUCUCUCUCUCUCUCUCUCUCUCUCUCUCUCUCUCUCUCUCUCUCUCUCUCUCUCUCUCUCUCUCUCUCUCUCUCUCUCUCUCUCUGAUGAAUGACCUGUGUUGGUUUGGUAUUAUUUGCACUCUGCUUGUGAAUCUUAAUGCACUUAUAGGGAUGGCAGUCCCACUCCCAGUCCACUGUUCCUCAGGAGUCCCCCACUGGCUUUCAGUCGCAUCUGCUCACCACUAACUUUCAUACACUCCCUCUAGCUUUGCUCUCUCACACAAAUAGCCACAUGUAUUCAGAUGGUUAUUUGUUUCUUAACAUAAGAAAGGCACCAGGUUGCUCCCAGGCACAGGCACAUGUGUAUAUACAACAGUGAUACAGUAAUUCAUCUCAAUCCAUCUCUAUAUCUCCCGUACACACACACACACACACACACACACACACACACACAAAUCCUGUCCCAAGCAUGUCCCGAGCAAAAACAAACAAAAAAACCCACAAAAACUCUUUUCCUUACAUAGGAAGAGGAGGUAACCCAGAAUGCACCAGGAAGGGCGUGGCACUGCCAUCCUUUCUAUAGAAGUGACAGUGUUCUGACAUAGACCCGGAACUGGAUUCCCAUCAGAGUUCAGUUUCAGAUCUGGAUUUUUUUUUUUUUUUUUUUUGUUGUGUUCCUCCGGUUCUCUCCCUGUGUUCUUGUGAAAGGUGCGUUGAUCGUGGAGCACCACGUGACCCCCAACUAACACAAAAGUGAAGGGUGUCCGUCCUCAUUUAUCUUGCCUAUUUCUAGUUUUGCAUUCCUUUUUUUGUUGUUGUUGUUGUUGUUGUUGUUGUUGUUGCUGUGUAGGCCUACUACUUGGUUUGAGUGUUUCAAGGGUUUCAGUUGAAAAAAAAAAAAGGUUUUUGCUGCAGUUCUGUUCAAAUGUAGAGGAGUGACAUUAUGUUGAUCCUGAUGAAGUGUGCCAAACUCUGUUUAAGGCUCAAGCCUUCACUCCAGCUAUGCUUACUGCACUGAAAGACGAAAGAAGGAAAAAUGAAACAGAAUUUCUUUUCUGGUUAGAUGACCAGCGGAUGAAAAAAUGAAAGAUUUGAGACCAACGUCGUACCUGUCGUGUGUGGUUGACCGUGCCCCUGAAAUUUACUGGUGCUUAACAACUUUUUCCGGCUUUUUCGCUAACGUUCCAAUCCAUGCAAACCGUGUCUAGUUCUCACUGUGGCGAUCGUUAACGAACACCGGAAUACCUCCGCAUUGCAUGAACGUACGCAUCUACACCCACAAUGACAUACCACCCUCUCCGGCACACCAGCUCUGUCCUGAAGGGCUGAUGUCUGACACCAGAUCAGUUAAAUCAUGUUUACAGCGCCAACGCAGUGUAUGUAUGAUACUAGACAGAUCAGACCGUGCAUCACCAUCCUACCAGCUGACCAUCAGACUUAACCUGUCAUCACGAUACAGCAAGAUGGAACAAAUCAAUGUUAACUAGUGUGCUGUGCUGUGAAUAUACUUGCUAACUGAGAACGAACAAGUCUUUGCUGAGCUAUUUAAAAACAGAAAAAUUAACAAAAAAAUAGUCCAAGUUGUUUAACAGUGUCUUUUUCCAUCAUAAGUAACUGCACUGUUGACCGGUUGAACAUUCUGGUUCUAGAACCCUAAUUUCUGUCCCAACUCUACUCGCUGACAUGUUCCAGCAGAGUUGCUUUCCGGUUCUAGUUCUUGUCCCAGUUGCGUGUGACAUCAGAGCUGUAGAUUCUGCCACCUCCCUCUGCUUCAUCUUAGUUUUUGUCUGGCUGUGCAGCAAAAAAAUAACAAAGUAAAAAAAAAAAAAAGGAAUUGGUCAUUAUGGAGUCGACUCGGAAAUCAUGCAGAAUCCACUCCCAGCAGUAUUAACAUCUGGGCUACAAGUGCAUGCAUUCAGUGGCAUUUGGUUUAUACAUUAGCAGACCCAAUCGUUUUGCAUUUCGUGCGCCUUCCCCCUUUUCUUCUUUUUUGUUAGGAGCCUGCGUGGCCACGAGAUGAGCUCAGUUGCAGGUGUGAGCGUCUCUCGUGGACACGGCUGGGAGCCAGAGGAGCCGCAGAGAGGUUCAGCUGGAGCCCGAGCGCUUCCUCUCCAUUCCACAGCCAAAUAACUUUCCCAGAACAGGAAACUCCCUGCUGGACGGCCUGUAGGUUUUAAGAGCCUAGCUCUGGCUUCAACUGGCUCUAUUGCAGCCUUACAUUCCUCAGAUAUGAAAUAGUAUGUGCCAACAGAUCUGAAUGAUGAUCUGAUCUGAUCCUUCUAGACAAAUCGGUGUAUUAAGCUGUUAAGAGCUAACCCUGUCAUGCAGUUCUUAAAGCAUGGGUAGUAAGACAGUGAGGCAUAUCAGUACUUAUGAAGUAAUGUAUCAGUUAAUGGGCCAGUGUUAAAUUAGGAGUGCAUACAGUAUCAGUAUCUGAUGUUCUCCAUAAUCCUGUCCGAUUUUUCCUCAGUCACUUUGACUGACAUUCACAUCCAUCUAUCAGACCCCACUAUAUAAUGUAUUUGUGAAAUUGGUUUACCACCCCCAAACCACAAUCGCUCUCCUCCUCUUCCUCUUCUAUUACUGACCCUCCCCUCCACACACGUCAGAGAAGAGCGACAGGUUGUUUUAUUUCUGUUUUUCUUUUCUUCGAAUCCCUCCAUCAGUGCUCUCUCCAUUCUAUUUGAAACCCUCUGAAGUGCCGCUGCUUCUGUGCUUGACUCUGGGUUGGAUCACGUGUGGCUCACACGCGUGGUCAUGACGACCGUAGAGCUCGUAACGCUUCUGUGUGUGAUGUUACCAUUAUGCCUUACAUGUUUUCCAGGACUAAUAAAAGAGCAUAACAAAAAUA